AGCUGUGUGGGGUAUUUUACAUUUUGAAUUAACUUCACCGAGAAGGACUAGCGUAGUUCAAGUGGUCUGCUCCAUGUCUGGGAGGGAUAGGUGUGGCUAGCUGGUAGGCUAACUACGUUAUCUGACCAGUUAGCUUGGUUAAAUACAUGCAACAGCGCAGUAGCUGCUGUGUUUGAAUAAGUUAGUCGUAGGUAGCUGACCACAAUAAGCUAACAGAAAGCAGUAACGUUAGCUUUCGUCGUUUUGGCCGUAUAAGCAAAGCUCGUUUAACUUGACACGCACAUAACGGUCGGUGUUAGCUGCGCUUUAACGUGUGGUGAUUUGGUUUGUUUACAAUAGACAUGCUAGUAAUAAGCAAUAGUGAUAUCUGAGCCGAUGGCUGGUUAGUCCGGCACAGCCUUCGGUCAGCUGUCCGCCUGUGUGUGCAGGUGUGAGCGCCGCUCGGUGUUUCCAUGGCCGUCGGCUGAUGUGCGAAGCGAUGCGGCACCACUGGCUGCUCCUCGGGGCUUGCGGCUGGGUGCUGCUCAUCCUCAUGUUCGUCAGCAAGUUCAUCAGCUUCAGAGCCGUGGAUGACUAUGGAGAGAGGGUCGGUGGUCAGAGUUGGACUGUGCCUGGCGCCAAGGUGGUUAAACCCAUCCCUGUUUCCAGCCCGGAAAAACCUGUUCCAAAGCCAUCAGAUCAGCCCUCAGCAGCACCUACAGUGGCAGAUUGGCAGUCAGUCGCUGACCAGCGAAUCGAGCUGCUCUCAACUGUGUGUAAGAACAGCAGCCUCAGGAAUCUGACUCACGUCCCCAUCAGCAAGUUUGUCCUGGACCGCAUCUUUGUCUGCGACAAACACAAGAUCUUGUUCUGCCAGACGCCUAAAGUGGGCAACACACAAUGGAAGAAGGUCCUCAUUGUGCUGAACGGAGCGUUCUCUGCCGUGGAGGAGAUCCCAGAAAACCUUGUUCACGACCAUGAGAAAAACGGCCUGCCCCGCCUCUCUUCACUCACUCCACAGGAAAUAACUCACAGAUUAAAUACCUACUUUAAGUUUUUCAUUGUGAGAGAUCCCUUUGAGCGCCUCAUUUCUGCAUUCAAGGACAAGUUUGUGAAGAACCCACGCUUCGAGCCUUGGUACAAGCAUGACAUCGCUCCAGCCAUCAUCCGUAAGUACCGCAAGAGCCACCGUGACAGCAACCUCGCUGCCUCUGGCCUGCACUUUGAGGACUUUGUCCGUUACUUGGGUGACGUAGAGGGUCGUCGCCGCAUGGACCGACAGUUUGGUGAGCACAUUAUUCACUGGGUGACUUAUGCAGAGUUGUGCGCUCCAUGUGAAAUACACUACAGCGUGGUUGGCCACCACGAGACACUGGAGCAAGAUGCCCCCCACAUCCUCAGAGCAGCGGGCAUCGACCAGCUGGUGUCCUACCCGGCCAUUCCUCCAGGCAUCACCCGCUACAACAGGACCAAGGUGGAGCACUACUUCUCAGGCAUCAGCAAGCGAGACAUCAGGCGUCUCUACGCACGUUACCAGGGAGACUUCCAGCUGUUUGGUUACCCGAGCCCAGACUUUCUACUGAACUAAAAUGAUUAACACUGAAUAAAAGAUAUGUUUUCAUAUAAAAUCCUCAACAUCUUUGGUUUACUGAGACUGAGGUGUAUCGUAGCCGACUGUGUGCCAUAAAACUGGCAAACCUGAACGACCUGUAUGCAGUAGAUGGCACACUGUAAUCUCUGUUCUUAUUUUAGUCACUUUUGUUGGUAUAAGUGACAGGUUGUUGCGAUGUUGGCAAUGUUAGCAAUCACUGAAAAAGUGCUGCCUGAUAUUCAGAUAUAUAACAGUGCUAUAAUGGAGACGGGAGCUGGAACUGAUGAACGUACAGUCAGCAAACCUAUAAUAUCAUGAUACAGUGGAGAUGGGCU